AUUGUCUUUCUUUUGAGACUAUACCUUUGACAUUAUUAGAUACCCUCCAGACAUUCGAUAUGCUAGGCCUCACUUUUCUACUAUUGGGUCCAUUACUAUACACUUUGGUCCAUAAUCUUGAAUUAGGACCAACUUUAGUUCUAUUAUCUGAGCCAGAUCCUAAU